AUGCUUAUGAAAUAUCCAACACUAAUUUUCACUCAUUUGAAAUUGGUGUUAGGAUUCUUUUUUUACAAGCUUCAAGAUCCUGAUUUGUCAAGUAUUAGAGAAGAAUAUGUUGAGUGUGGUGUGUGUUUAUGCAAAAUUAGAGAAGGAGAAGUUAUUAGAGUACCAAGAGAAUCAUUUUGUGAGGUUGGAGCACAAGUUUUGUUAUUUGAUUUUUGUGCAGUUCGUGCAGAUAAUGAUGAUGGUGGUGACACUUGGUGGCUACGCUGA